AUGAAGUUGGCACGACAAAUCUCUGCUUUAUUCGAUGGAUGGAUGCUACAGUAUAUUGCCGAGCAAGCCCUCAGUAUUGAGAACUUUGUUGUUUUUGCCAGUAAGCAGGGCUUUGGUCAUGGGUAUAUAGUUGUUGCUGACCCUGUAUUGUAUAAUGAGGAUAUAGUAUUGCCCCAACCGAGUCCGAGCGUUAUUCGCGAUCUUUAUGGGGUAUCUAUAGUAUUAAUUGAGUCGUGGCAUGAAUUGUACGAAUUUAUUGGUGGUAUUCAGGAGCCAUGUGUCAUUGCGUUUUAUGGUAUAUUUAAACGGUUUCUUGAAACCGGUUCUGAAAAUGUAAGCACUUGUUUUUUGAAAAUGGAGGAGUUUUGUGGUUACCAAGUAAAUAAAUUUUUGCAUGAAUUAUUCGUGCUCCAUCUUAAUCAUAAGGUUCAAGUACUCAUGACUGAUUCUAUGCAGCGACAAGUCUUGGACGAGAUUAGUAUUCCUCGUGUGAGAGACCAAGUAUUGGUCAAAAGCGAGUUGUUUCUCAACAGACGACUCAAAGAAGAAGAAGAAGAAGAAGAUCAACAAGAAGAAGAUCAACAAGAGACGAAAAUAAGCCUAGUAUUAAUACUUUACAAAUGGUGUGAAAUUCUAGAAAGCAGCUCCAACAACGUGUAA